AUGGGAGUUAAAGGCUUAUGGGAGUUGUUGCGUAAGAAUCCGGGGGUGAAGGUAACCAGCCUGACGGACUGGUUUGUGAACGAUGCCGUAGCACGAAUCAAUGACAGCAGAAAUGCUCCGGUGAUAGGUGUAGAUGCCAGUACAUGGAUUUACGAGGCGCAAGCGGCGGUGAUGCAAGCGUCCAAACAUCGUGCUGCAUGGGCAAGGAUAGGACAGCCAGCUAUCAUGAAAUGUAUUCUCGAUCGCCUCCUCCAGCUCAUAAAGUUACCCGUUGCUGUCGUUUUUGUUUUUGAUGGGAACGGGCGCCCUCAGUACAAGCGAGGCCGAAAAGUGAAAACCAAACCACAUUAUUUGACGGGACACUUCCAAGCCUUUAUCAAAGCGUUUGGUUUCCACACACACACGGCACCUGGAGAAGCCGAGGCAGAAUUGGCGUGGCUCAAUCUCACGGGCCAAAUUGACUACGUUCUGACCUCUGAUGUCGAUGUCUUUAUUUUUGGUGCAACAAGUGUCAUCAGAAGGCCCUUGAACAAAGAUAAUUACGAUGAAGUUGAGAUCUACCACGUACCGACCCUCCAGGCUUAUGAAAGGGUCCGGCUCUCCCGAGCUGGCCUGAUAUUUAUUGCCAUCUUCGGAGGAGGUGAUUACGACCCAGAUGGUCUCAAAGGGUUUACCGUCGAAUCUGCAUACAUGCUAGCUGGGCAUCAGAGUCUUGUUACAGGGUCUGUGGGAGGCGAUAGAAGAUGGUCAUGA